UUUAUGAGAAAAAUGGCUACUGGAUCGGUUCCAGUCGCCCUGGCGCUGUCCAUGGUUGGAGGAGCAAGCACUGCCCUAGGUGCGUUGCUCGUGAUCCUGUAUCCGGCUCCCAAUCUCAAUCGCCUCGGCCUCUUGCAAGGGCUUGCAGCAGGCUUGAUGCUCACAUUGUCAUUUCUAGACCUCAUGUAUAACGCUAUAAACAACCUUGGCUUUGCUAGAGCAAAUCUUUGGUUCUUUGGAGGGGUUGUGCUCUUUGCUGGUAUAGUUACGUUUGUUCCUGAGCCUUCAAUGGCUUCCAUCACAAAAACUUCCAGCUCUGAGGAUAGAAAUGGCAGUGACAAGGAUGUGAUGAAAAAGCACCGCAAGCAGGUUCUCUUCAGUGGCAUAAUCACGGCUAUAGGAAUAAGCUUGCACAAUUUUCCUGAGGGAAUGGCUGUGUUCCUUGGGUCCAUGAAGGGCAUUCGAGUUGGCAUAAGCUUAGCCCUGGCCAUUGCUUUGCACAACAUCCCAGAGGGAAUUGCCGUCGCUUUGCCGAUUUAUUUUGCAACCAACAGCAAGUGGCAGAGCUUCAAACUUGCAGCAUUGUCUGGCUUCGCGGAGCCGCUCGGAGUGAUAAUUGUUGCGGCACUCUUUCCUUCCGGUCUCUCUACGGACGUUUUAGAAGGAUUAUUGGGAGGUGUCGGCGGUGUCAUGGCUUUUCUUACGCUUCACGAAAUGCUUCCUCUAGCCUUCGAGUACGCUGGUCAUCGACGAGCAGUCACUGCCGUCUUCAUUGGCAUGGCUCUCAUGUCCGUAAGCUUGCAGAUCCUCGAAAUGGCUCUGCCACACUGAAAGUUCCUCUAUAGCAAGUGGUACGUUUUUCUCUUGCUGGGAGCAUAUUCUGGACCGGCAAAUGAAUAUACUUUAGUUUCGAGUC